AUGUCUGGAGAUUUUCAAACAUCAAACCUAAAAGCUAUCCUCAAUAACCAGCAUACGUUAAAGAAUAUAAUUUUCAUCUACAGCCACAUAUACACCAUGUUAUCAUCUCUCACACUUAGAUUCUUUGGACGGACCUUGUCAAAUGUGAAGUUGAAUGCAAUGACAGGUUAUGACUGUAGCAACAAUGAAAUGACAUAUUCCUGUGCUCUGUGGCCAGAGAAUCUCAGAGAUGUGCAUGGUGACCUGGAUGGAAGGUCCAAUGAUAGUGAUCUCCAUGCUGCCCAAGUGCAUAAAAUCUACCACCUACUCCAUAAGAUACACGUGCGUCCCAGUCACAGAGUGGCCAAGAUGGGAUGCACCAUAGACACUAUCACGCUCUCUGCUCAGCAAAAGAAGCUUGCAGAUAAAAAGAUUGCAGUAAUUGUCUAUCUUCUUGACUAUUGCAAUCUGCCGCCAAGCUUUGAAAAGGAAUUCAAUGCUUUUAUCAGCAUAGAGAUGGUUGAGGCUGUUGAAAUUAGGCACCUUCCACAGUACUUCAAACAUUCUGUGACAGUCAUAACUGCCACAACUCAGCUGGAGUCGUGUUACACUGAGUAUCAGUCCACAGACUAUGCUCGACGCUACCAGUGGCCAAAUUCAUUCUGCCCAUCGGUGAUGUCUUUCAUGGUGACUGCACAGACCACAACAUCCAGGGCAUUGGUUCUGGAAAGUAACAUUAAGGGAAUGGGGAUAGAGACUCCAGAAGAACUGGAUGAGAAGACGAUUGCUGAGCAUCUUCAAGAACAGCUGCAGCUAUCAGAUCAGAGAGGAUUAGAGAUGUUUAAGUGCAAAUGGGAGUACAUGUAUGUCUAUGCUGAGGUCGGUUAUGCUAGGGCAUACAUGUCGAUGCAUUACUUCACCUUUGUGCGGCCAGGUGCCCUCGAUGAUGAGGGCAAUGAUGACAGCUGCAGUCAAACUGAAUGGCAUCAUGAAGUAAGCUCACAGAGAAGGGAUUGA